CCCGCGACACUCGUUUCGGCAUCGAGACGUCUCGGUAAGGCUCGGUAAGCAUCGCAGGCCGAUCGAUAGCCGGUUCCGGGGAAGGUUGGGGGGAGGUAUGUCGUCAGUGUCGCCACACUCGUCAACGGAUCCGGCAGCUCGGCAGUACUAGCCUCCCACCGCUGAGCCAGGUCUCUGUUGAAAGUUCAAGGAACGAACGCGUCUACGGGCGCGGCUUGCGUCUCGAAGUGGCGUUUUACGUGGAACAAUGUCGUCCCUCGACUACUUGGAUUUGUGCAGAUUGUGUCUUAUGAAAGAUCGUGUGUCCGUACCGAUAUUCGAGGGUGAGGGUGACGUCAGGCAGAUUUUUUUAAAGAUUGCGGCUUGCCUGCCGGUCAAGGUUGCACGGGAAGACAAGUUACCUAAAAAGAUAUGCGACGAUUGCGUUUACAAAGUAGAAUUACUCUACCAAUUUUGGAACACGACGGCAAACGCAGAGAAGCAGCUACUCCAAUGGCUUGGCGAAGUUGGUUUGGAAGACAAACAAGGCUAUGUCACUGGAGUCCUAAAUCCGAGCACAAUGAAACAAGAAGAAAACAAUUCCAGCGGCUUGGGAGGCGCAGCCAUACAGGUGACUGGUGUACAGCCUGGCAUUGGCAUUGGAGUAAUAGACAAUAUGGGACUGGGCAUGCCUUUAAUUAUUCCCAGCUCAACCCAGCAGCAAUUAACUGCUGUACCAAUGGAUACGAGUACCGGGCCCAUCCAACCCAUCCAACCCAUUCAACAGGCUGUACCUGGUCCAAGUAGUCAACCUGGACACGAACAGAUCACUCAGUCCCAAACUAAUGCAACAACGCAUCAACAGGACGAGGAAGAGGACACAAGUGAAGAUGAAGAAAACUCUGACGAUGAUUGCGAUGGUGAUGAUGGUUUACCUGUCAAGGAAGAAAGCGAAGAAGAUCCUAAUAAUAGUAGAACGAUUGAACCUACGACGUUUGUAAAUGUAUCCUUGGCUUGCGACGAAGCUGGUCCGUCCGGUUUGCAGCAGCAAAAAAUCGUGGAAAUACCAGAAAUGGCCAUGCCCCAGACAACUGACGGUGAUCCCAAGUCUGGGGUCAACUCUUGGCGUGUUAAAUUCCGGCGGAAACUUCCAGAGGAAGAAUAUCCACUAAAGUUUGGAGUUAACUUUAAAACUGCUUGUGCGCUACAAAUUGCAAAUGGAUUGAGCAAGACUUUGGGGAAAAAAGUGAUAAUCAGUAAAUCACUUUUGUCACGGUUACAAACCAGACACCCUAAUACAGGUAACGUUCAAUUGGCCAAAGAAGACGAUCAAAGUAAUAACGCCUCCCAACACAAAUCUCACACAGAUAAAGAACCCCACAGUUCCGAAUUUGUAAAGGCAAGUUCGAGUGAACAUGCCUGUAUUCCGACAGAGGAAGCUAAUACAGAUGGAAGUCAUUUGGCCAAAGAAAAUGAUGGCAAUAAAAACACCACACAUCAGAAACUCAAUACAGAAUCCGUCGAGGCUAGACCAAAUAAACGUUCUUGUACCCCACCACAGGAAUCUAAUUUAGAUGGUGAUUACUUCGCCAAGAAAGAUUGUAAAGGUAAGAACAUCAGCCAACAGAAACUUGAUACAGAAACCAAAACUUCGCGCUCACUGUGUUCGGUGGCUAGUCUAAGAAAACGCUCUCGUACUAUGCCACAAAAAUCUAACGCAGAUGGCCGUCGGCUGGCUACGGAUGAAAGUAAGUGUCAGAAAGCUUCGAACCAGAAACUUAAUACGGAUUCCAAAUCUUCUGAUCCUCCAUUCAUCAUGGGUGCCAAAAGUUUACUCUUGCGUGCAUUGCAAAAAACACCCAAUGCUGAUGACAAGGACUUAAACAAAGAUAGUGAAUGGGAGAAUUUUAUCUCACAACACAGAUUUAAGCCAACUGAUGCGCUGCCUGAGCCAGACUUCAUUAUGGACAGUCAGAGUGAACUUAAAUGUAUAAUAUGUGACAGAGAGUUUAGGUGCAGAAUGGAACUCUCUAGGCACAUUAAAAGCCACAAUACUCGAAGACCUUUUAAAUGUGAACACUGUCCAAAAACCUUCAGAACUGCAUACGAUCAGCGUAAGCAUGCCAGUUGUCAUGACGAAAAUCUUUCGUACACUUGUGAUAUAUGCAAGGUUAAAUUUAAGUCGAAACAAGCAUUGAAGCAUCAUCGUAUAAGGAAACAUGACAACACUGAAUAUCAAUUCACUUGCGAUAAGUGCAGUAAACAGUUCAAAAUAAAGAGCGAUCUUUCAACUCAUUUGAAAUCUCUUCAUACCGAGGCACCUUCGUUGGUGUGCGAAAUUUGUGGUAAAUCAUGCAAAAAUGGAACGGCGAUGAGCUCUCACAGGCGAAAACAUCGGACGGACUUUCAAAAAUUUGAAUGUAAUAUUUGCAAGCGUAUAUACAAAUCUGAGCAUAAUCUAAGCAACCAUUUGCUGGUUCAUGAAAAAGGAAUCACUUGCAACGAAUGCGGCAUGGAAUUCAACUGCACGAAGAGGCUCAACUAUCACAUGUUCAACAAGCAUAGACAAUCGGCGCCUUGUAUAUGCUCCAUAUGUCAUAAACCAUUUAAGAGCAACGGCAGCUUACGCACGCAUAUCCUUACUCACACCGGAGAGAGACCGUACAAGUGUGAUUUAUGCGGAGAAGCCUUUACCCAAAGAUCCAGCAUGAUGCGACACAGGCGUAGUCAUCCUGGAAGGUUUUCGCCUCCCCCACCUAUUCACAUCACCGCAAUAGUUAAAGAUAUUGAAGAGAAGGAGAUCUCAAAAAAUUAGGAUACCAUCACAGAACAACUAAUCAUAAUGUUAAUACCAUGAUAAGCGUAGCUACACGUUGAGGACUAUUCUUUCUACUAUCGAAUUUGGUCAGAUUGUAUGACAUCACAUGUAUUAAAAGUGAGGUAAAAGAUUUUUAAGAGCUUUCACAUGCUUGAGGAAAAUUAACUGGUACAUGUAACAUUUACAUUAAACAAUAUUUAUGGUCGUACAACAAUGAAAAGAUAUGAAAAAUAUAUUCACGAUUGUUUUAAUUUGAGAAAUGUGAAAAUGAUAUAUGCCACGUGGUAAUAAGAGGCACUUCAAUAUAAUUUUGUGACACAGUUGAUAUUUUUAGAAUAAACUUCAUUAAUCGAAUAUGUCCACAAGUGUUGCUUCAUUGA